GUUCGGUGUUUCAAAAAAAAGCCCCAAGUCAAAAUGGAACACUUGCCUACACUUUUUCUUGCUUUCUUUUCUUCCACUUUUUUUAUUUCUUUCCUUUUAUACAUACAGGUACAAAUAUGGGUGAUGCUGGUUAUUUCAAGGGUGCCAGUGCAGAUCAGGAUAGUCGUUUCAGCAAUAAAGAAAAAAAGUUGCUAAAAUCUACAAACUUCCCUACAGAAUUCGAUCAAAAGGUGAAUAUCAAGAAAAUCAAUUUGGAUGUUAUCAAACCUUGGAUUGCUAAUCGAAUUACUCAACUUCUUGGUGUGGACGAUGAACUUAUUGUUGAUUUUGCCUUUGGUUUAUUGGAAGAAGAGAAACCAGACCCAAAACGAAUGCAAAUUAACUUGACAGGCUUUUUAGAAAAUAAUGCGCCCAUCUUCAUGUUGGAAUUAUGGAAACUAUUACUUAGUGCUCAAGAUUCAGUUGGUGGUAUUCCAAAAGAAUUUAUAGAACAAAAGAAAGAAGAACUUCGAUUGAAAAAGGAACAAGAAGAAAAACGUCGUGCUGAAGAAGAAGCUACUCUGGAUACCAUUCGACAAAAAAAAGCACAGGAACAAGAAAAUUAUCCAAGAAGAGAACGAAGAUCUAGAUUUGAUACACCUUCUUCUCGACGACAUCGCUCAAGAGAAUCUAGUCCUUAUCGCCAUCAUAGACGUAGCAGAAGUCCUUCUCCAUAUCAUCAAAGACGUUAUCAUUAUCAUCGAUCAAGAUCGCCACCAUCAUCAUCAAGGGAACAAGAUCGUUAUCGUUAUGAAAGACGACACGAUAGUAGGGAACGCCGGUAUCGAUAUGACGAAGAAUAUAGUCGUAGUUAUAGAUCAUAAUGAAGUAAAAUUAUAUUUUGGAAAGAAUAAAAGAACCAUUUUUAAAUAUAUAUAUAUAUUUG